CACAAACGCGAAGAAUUUAAACAACGCUCUGUAAAGUGUACAGUACAAUCUCUGUUUAGAAGGCGAGAUUGUUGAAAACUCACGCUGAUCAGAAAGGGUAACUUAAGAGAGACAAAUUCAAGGCAUCUACAGUGCACGAAGCUAUUAAAAUGCCCGACUUGAGUUAAUGAGAGAAUGGCAACCGUCAAAGAGGAAUUGAAUAGAUCAGUCAACCUCUGGAAUAAUCUGCCGAUUAUAUUUGACACCUCCAUGUUACGGUCGUUAUUGCAAUGUAAGCGAUAGUUCCUUCAUUUAUAUUAUUUUAUCUUCGAUACGUUAGUUACGUUAGGGAAGGUACGUUUUUUUCUUGGGGGGAGGGCUGGGGCCUCAGAGGGGAGGGUCAUCAGCUUUUUUUCAGCUAUUCAAGGGGAGGGUCACACCUUUUCCAGAAUUUUUAAUGGGGAUUUUUGUGAUGUUAUUUUCCAUUUUUCUUUAACAGACUUAGUUUUUUCUUUUCAACUUGUUUCUUUUAAUUCGGUGCAGGUACUAGUUUUACAAGGUUACUGGGUGUCUACAUGUAUAUUAUUCCAUGGCACAUAAUUUUCUCGGAGUACUCGUGUCCUUUUCCGUCCGUAUCGUGACGUACUUGACUCGAGUAUGGUUUCUUGUUCCAGCUGUUGUCUAUCCGCUGCCUGAUCUCCUGAGUCAUUAAGCUCUGAAGAGUUACUAGAAGAUCCAACAAUGCCCUCUACCCUGUCGCUGUCACUGUCACUGUCAGACUCUGGAUUUGAGUCUGAGGCUAGCGGAAUGUUUGUCUGUUUUUUCCUGCACAAUUGAAGUCAAAAUCUUACUGCAAAUAUGAGCCUUCACAACCCUCACUUUCUCAUCUUUCUUCCCUUUAAAUAGAAUAUUGUGAUGAUUAAUAUACAGUUCAAGUUCACCUACUCUUAGGGUUGACAAUUGGUUUUUGUGAUAAAGAUCUUGCCAGUCAAUGUCAUUGUAUUCCUGUUGCUUUCUUGCUGUACGCUUUCUGUCAUUCUCUGUUCUCCGCUUAUCUUUUCUUAGUUCAAUGUCAGUCAGAUGAUCAAUAUAGUCUGCAAUUAGCUUUUCUGAAACAAUAUAUUUUUCAGAAAAAUCUUUGAUCGCAUUUUUAUCCCCGGCUUUGAGCGUACCCUCUUGAAACAUCUGUUUUAUUUGAGCUCUAGGCUUAUAAUCAUCAGGUUUGCGGCCAGUCGUUGGUGUUUUCGUACCUGGUAGGCAGUGAAAGUCAGGACGUUUGCUGUAAUCGGGAUAGGGUCGUGGAGUAGGUGUAGCGGAAGUAGGACUUAGAAAAUCAGUUGCUCGACAGUAUUCGCAUAGCUCGCCAUUUUUCUCUUGACAAGACAUUUUUCUGUACUCCAUGAACAGUUCCCCUUUCUCGCAGUGCUCCUCUUCAAAUGAAGCUAGUUUAGCAAAAUAUCCAUGACCUGGAACAGUGUUUUUCUUAUUGUUCGGAGCAUCGUGAUACUGCUUCAUAAAAUCGCGGUUAUAGAAAACCAUUUCCUCUGGCUUAUCCACCAUCAUUGCCGACAUGUAUCCCCGUGGUGCCGGAGCAUCAUCAACACAACGAACUACUUCUUCUGCUACAGCCCAAGCAUUUUUUUCCAUGUUUGCUUUCCUCUGGGUUUCAAGCUCUGAAUUUGUAAGAGAACUAAUCUCAUCCACAGACAAACCGUGAAGCGGCUUGUAGAUCUGCCACUUGAGGCUUCCUCCAUCACAUAGAGCGUCUCCUAUGCAAGCAUUGAGCCUUUCCGCUUCGUUUUGGCCCGAAUCCUCUCUUGCUCGGUGGAUUCGAAGCACUUUGUCGCUGUUAUGGAUUCUUGCCUUUUCGAGUAAACGCCACCUACAUUCGGCACUUGAUACGCCAACUCCAGGACCGGCGUCAGUGAGUUCCAGUAUCCAGGGAUACACAGGCGGCAGUUGAAAAGAAGCAAUGUGCCUCAAAAUGUCAUGACAUUGCAUUACCACAGGUUUAAGUGUAUUUUCAAAUUCUUUGCUUUUGACUUUCCACAUUUCAGAUUUGGCUUUCUCAAUGUUCUCUAAGAGAGCGUUUGCCUUCUCAUAAACACUGACUCCCAAAUCUCUGUCAUUGUCUUCCAUUUCUCCGCCCCAAUUUUCUUUUGCAGAUGUAAACCUGCUGCUUCAAAGAACGCAAACGCAGCCCUUCAUACCUUCUAAAACUACAAUCGCUUGCUUCAGUUACUGACUGCAUGUCAGCGUCUGUGGUAGUGUUUCUUGUUUCAGCGCGCACAUAUUCAAUAUCGAGAUUUAUUCAUAAUCAAACAUUUUGCGUUUACAAGCAAAAUGUCGAAAAAUGUUCUGAGGUUUCUAUGGUAUGGAGCAUACCAUGUGGUAGUGAGAGGAGGGUCACACUUUUGUCAGUCACCUAAAAGUGGGGGGGCGGGGAGGGUCAGGAGUUUUUUAAUCAAAACAUGAGGGAGGGCCAACACUUUCUUUUGGAAAAAAUACCAAAAUUCCCCCGCCCCCCCCCCCCCCCCCAAGAAAAAACGUACCUUCCCUUACAACUUUGCACUCCUCGUGUCGCAACUUUGCACUCGUGUUACAUAAGAAUGCACUCGUUUUCAGCCGAUCCGAAGCGCGUAGUUUUUUCAUGAACAUUAUUAUCAUAGAAAUUUCCCACUCGUCCAUUUUCUCACCAAACUUAACAUGUUCCUUUGCAGAGAAGUUGAAAGUCCACCUUCUUUUAAAACCACAAUGUCUGAACAACGUGCAGUUCCCCUUUGUCUUCCGAACAACUAUAAAUGGGACGCACAGACAGGGGAGUACAGCAAGAGCGCUGGCCCCAGAGAAAGCCUUUGUGUUAUUGACGCAGCCAUAGAGAGGCUUAAGAGCAUCAAAGGUAGAGUUUAUCAUUCAAUAGAAUACUGUAUGAAUUUAUCACUGAAUGUUUCAACGUAUUUUGAGAAGAUGAUUGACACAUCGAGGAUGACUACUUAACAACAAGAGAAAAACAAAGAAAAAGAAAAUGAAACGAACCAGACCAAGACGCUUUAGAUAUUUCCGAUUUAAAUUAGUCUCAGUAUUCUCCAUACUGUUCCUGAGACAUUUCCUAAGGUGUUGACAAGGAGAAUUUGUUUAAACAUCAAGAGCUUCUUUAGUUGGUGAUCAUUUCCUUUAUUCUCGUGACCUUGAUGUGUAAUUCGGGGAUGAUAUUGUAAGGAGAAAUUAGAUGCAGGUCAUAGCAUUCUCUUAUCGUUGUCUCUCGUUAAUAAACUUGGGUCAGGGUCAAUAUUACCUGCUCUUUUACAUCUUCAGGUCCAGUAUGCGUGGUUUCAAUCGCUGGUCCUUAUCGCGGAGGAAAAUCGUACAUCUUGAGUAAAUUAUUCGAUCAGGGAGAAGUGUUUCGUCUUGGACAUUCUAUGGAUCCGGAAACCGUGGGAAUCUGGAUGUGGAUUGUUCCAGAUAAGUUUAAGGUAUUUUAGAACAACAGAUUCGGUGACAAAAAAUAUUCAAACUCUCUAACUACCGAUUCAAUUGGAAAAAUAGAUAAAAGAGCAAGGCAGGAUUUACAGGAAAUUUUUAGCUUGAAAAUGGAGAAAGUCAGGACACAAACCUGCACAGCCAGCAAAUGUGGACCUGGGUUUUAGAUAUACACCACUACCAGCAAAACUUACAAUAAUUUUUCUUUCAAGCCUUUUAAAUUUGGCUGUUUGAAUAAAUAGCAUUCGUUUGUUGCGGUGAACUAGGUCAGACAGUCCGUUCUUUCGUCACUAUUUUGUUUGAUCUACUACAAUUUUUUCCCAACUUUUUCCAUCCUAAAAUUAACAAUUUAGUUCAAUUCUUUUUGAUGUGAUAUAAUUAUGAUUUCAUCCACUUUCUGAUAUUGAAGUUAAUAAACGACAAUAUUCUUUCAUGACUGGAAGCUAAAGGAAAAAAAUUCCCGGAAAUGUUAAUUCCAUUUCCGGUAUCGUUCUAUUUUUCUUUUUCUUUUUCUUUUCUGAAAAGGACUCCAAUGGACAGGAGUUCACAGUGGUUUUGCUUGACUCUGAAGGCACAGACGCUGCGUCGAGUGAUGGAUCAAACGAUCACUGUAUUUUUACACUGAUAGUCCUUCUGGCUUCGGUACUGAUAUACAACUCUCCGGUUGUACCGAAAAGAACUGAUGUUAACCAACUAGAGUAUCCUUAAUCAGAGGUUUUGCUCUGUAAGCCUUUAAAUAGAUGUUUAUCUGGUGUAAUGACCUCCUUUAAUUCUCAGUUCAGCUUCAGUAUUACCGAUGAUUAGAUACAGGCAUUGAGUGGUUGAGUUUCUAUGGAAAAUAAAAUAUCGAUUACUUCGGUAGGUCAAAGAAGUGAAACACUUUUAAAAGUUUUUUAUUUGAAAGACGAAAUAUUUUAAGCUCAGUCGUCGAAUAAGGAGCAUUUGGGAAAAGACAUCGAAAUGGGGGAAGUUAUUUUUUCUCAAGGUGGACGAAUAUUUUUUUCUUUUGCCAUGUUGAUGCCAACACGGAUAACUUCUUCUAAAUUGAAUUUCUUUUUCUAGAGGGCACGGUAACGAAUCCUGCAAUCUGAUUGGUUCUUUACACGGUCCGUAUUUCCCUAUCUCUGCCUAAGGGCAACGGUAACGCUUUGGUGAGUCGCCGAGUACAUCCCUACUUCCGUUGCCAUAUUCCAUAAAAAUGUUUCGUUUUUCCGGCUGGGCAAUAUUUUUUUAACAAAGACGUCGGUCACUGCCUCAAGCCGAUAAAUAACUUAUUAAUCUUUUCCUCUCUCUCUCUCUUAAAUCACUUUGAUGGACAGAAAAAUAUUGGUUUCAGAAUGAAUUUGUAUAAGCAAUAGUGUCAUACGUUGGUUGACAAGCGACCUAAAAACCGUCUGCAAUUAAUUUCAAUCGUUCACAAAAAGUCCUAGAAAGUUAAAGCGUGAGGUAUUUGGUUACUGUUUAACUAAUCGAUGGAACUUUCAUUCAUAUCUGAAUUUUCUCAAACAAUUUGUUCGUAGUGAAAGGGCGAGCUAAGUUUUGAUUACAGUUCUACAACAAAUAUACGCUCUCAGUCAGUCUUUCCAAGUCCGUUCGAUUUGGACAUUUGUACCGUAAAUUGCACAACAGAAACUGAAGGAAUUCAAUAAAAAAAAGCCGCAUUAAAUCCCCCUGUGUCUCGUUGGAGUGUAUCAUUCGAAUUCAGUUUUUGUGGAGUAAAGACCAGAUUUACAAACGUCAUUGCAGCCAACAAACAAGCAAACUCUCACAACUUCAAAAUAAAAAAAAUUGAAUUUACUUACAAUUACUUUUCUCGCCGUUUACUUAAUGAACAGAGGUAAAUCUUCGUACAUGAAUUAAUCGUCGAUGAGAGUGAAUGAUACUUUCCGUUAGAUCAUUUACUGUUUUUGAAGAAAACAUUGUCGGGACAGUCCUUGCCAAACUAAUUUCGUUGUUUUUCAAAAGUGUACUUGCGCUUUUUUUUUUCUUGCGUGCUCUCUAAUUGACAGGUGUUGGAUUGUGACAGAUACUUGUUUUUUUUUGGAAGCCUUUUAAAUCACUUUUAUCAUUACGCAAAUGAAAAAUUAACUACCAUUUACUCGCUCAAAAAUUGUUUAGUUUAUGGAAGAUCUUGCCGAAUUUACAGCCCUAAAUCAUUCGGGUUAUUUCGGGAAGAAUUUCGUUGAACUUAAAAAAAAUAUAUGUUAUUUACCGGCUAAGGAUCGGUCCGUAUGGUGAAAAACUGUGACCCUGAUCACAGUUUUACAGACCUCCUAGCCGGCAAAUAACAUAUAUUUAUUCAAUCUUCCACAACUUUUGAAGGCCCACUUUUCAUACAGAACUCACUAUUAAAAGUGUUUUCUUUGCAUAAUUUAAAUGGCAAUUCUAAGUCAAUUCUACAUUAAAUUGAUUACGAAAAGAUCUUUUAACCUCCUGCAACAAUGUCUCGGAAGACAGAACUCAAGCAUCUAACCAACAUUUAAAAUGUUGGUUAGAUGAUUGAUUCUAUCAAUCAAUUUUCUUUGGAAUCCUUAACAUUUAUCACAGCUUUAUCGCGAAACUUUCUGAGCGAGUUCAACUUUAUGCACAAACGAGUGAUCCACCUAGUGGAGAAGGUCUGCGGGCUGAUGCAAAUCGAUUUCAUAAAACAUUUCCCUUCUUCAUCUGGCUGCUGCGAGAUGCUAGGCUACAUCUUCCAGGGGACUGUCACAGUAUCAAGGAUUUCUUUCUGAAAAGGGUGGGUUUAUAAAGUUUGUUUUCAAGGAUAACUUUAUGCCAAUUUGUUCGAAGGUAACUGAUUAAUAAGUGUUUCCUCAUUGAGGCAUGAAUUCAACUUUUACUGUAUUAAUACUUGUACUGGAUUAAGCCAAAGAGGAAAACUAAGGAUCGUUUGCAUGAGUUUCACUGUGUCAACAGAUCGAACAAUGGAGAGACGAAGGAAAAGCAAACAAUCACGAGCUACAGUGCUCAUUACAAAGAAUUGCUUGUCAAUUUUGAAGUAUAGCUGUCUUCUUUCAAUACCGCAGCAAUUCAGUAUGACAUUGGUUUUGUUGCAUUUAGAUUUUCAAUUCCGAUCUAACUUCAAAAUGCGACCAAUCAAAUCAAGUGGCAAAGAGUAUCUUGAACUUCUUCGCUGGGUUUGACGCUUUCAAGGUUCCUCCGCCUCCAUCAGACGAACAACUGACAGCGAAACCUAACAGAGACGAGGUGCAGCAAGACCUCCAAGGGCCGUUUUUCCAAGGAGUUCAGGAGUUCAAGGCACUGCUUAGGUCUAAGCUAUCAGCUAAGCGCAGUUUUAACGAUGGAGAAUACGUAACUGGUGAAGGUAGGUGGAUACCUCAGCCCUUUCCCCCUUAUCCUUCCUCCCUCCUCCCCCCCCCUCCUUUCUUACGCUCUGAAUUUACUAAAUUCAGGUAUACUAGAUUAAAACUUUUUAAUGAGCAUAUGGCAUCAAUGGAAUGAAAGAAGUGCUCUAAAAUUACCUCUAGUGUCCAGCUAAAAAUCCACAACAAAUUAAAAUCAGAUCCUUACUUCAUAACUUAUUUUCAACGAAAAGGCCUUGGGAACUGAAUUGAGAUCACUUCGUUCAGAGUCGUUCAUGUCAAGUAUGAAAACCUUUCUCCCGUUUAUUUUGUAACUUUGCCUUAUAUGGAAAAUAGUCAUCAGAAAAAUAAAUCAUAGAUGCACACAGCUUUUUUAUUGCCUGAUGUCCAGAGUUUCUAAUUAUCAAAAGUGGCUCUGAGUAAGAGUACGGCUCAGAAAUUUUCGUUUUUCAUAAAUCCCAAAAAUAUAAGAUUCUAAGAUUUCAUAACUUUUUAGAACUUGUGCAAAAGAGACGAAGUUUGAGAUGGAAAACCUGCCUUUGUGAACAGUAAAUCAUUUUUCCCUUUUAUGUUAACUACGCAAGAAAUUGAACGUAAACUUUUACUAAAAUUAAUUAUAUUUUUCUUUUUAAAAUCAUAGCUCUUGCAGCUCUCGUUAAUAUUUACGUUUCCGCCUUGAACACUCGUGGCACAGUACCCAAUGUGCAGAGUGCGUGGGAGACCUUUGUGCACACCAAGUGCGCUGGGGCAAAACUUGCCGCCUUAAAGGCGUAUAAAAGUGUAAUGGCGUCAGAGCUGGCUGGCUUACUGCCCUGUGACAGCGAUUACAUUCGCCGGGUUCAGGAAAGAGCUAUUGGAGAAAGCAUGAGGUUUUUUAAGGAAGAAACUGUUGGAGUUUCCGUCUCGAGUAGCGUGAAGUAUUUGGAUGAGCUCGUGGUAAGACUGCAACAUUACAGUGUUAUUAUGAAUGUGCUGAUUAAAACAAUUUUUCCUAGAUAAUGAUCGAGCAAGCUUUUGAAGGUUAAAGGAUAUUCAUCCGUGGGUAGUUUAUGAAUUCAAUGGCGUUUUGAGUUCACGAGUAGCAAAUCUAGUCGAGAUAUAGAAAGGUUUUCCAAGCAUUUUUCAGAAGCUAGUAUUGACUCAGAGGGUCAUCAGCGCAGCUCCUGUUAGGAAUACUCGGUAUUUUUGUUUCCUGAGCACACAUAUGUUUCAGACUAAACCACUACCUUCCAAUGAAAUAAGCAAUGUUAUUUCUUUUUAGGGGAAUAUGAACGAAUCGUUGAAACGAUGGCAGGAUGAGAACAAUCGACUGACGAAAGAAAAAUGCUCUAAACUGCUGCGGGAAUUGAAAAAAGAACACUUGGACCCCAUUCUGAGGGAGCUACGCGGUAAGGAAGGAGUAUCAAUGAGCUUUGAUCGGAUCGUUGGAGACUACGCAGCAAUUGAAAAGAGAUUCCAACGUGAAGCGAAGGGAGCCAAGGACGUCUGCGCUCAAGAGUUUUACGAUUUUCAUCCGGUAGGUGUAUAUGGGAUUUCCUUUGAUCAGUUGAAAACGUUCAAAUCAGUCCAACGCAAUCGAGCAAGAUAUAAGCAAAGUAGAGGGCAAACCAUCGGCCAAACGAAUAAUUGGAUUUAAGCUAUGGUGCAUAACACCCACUUCCCCCCCCCCCCCCCCCCCAAUGGUAGAGAAUAACAAAUGAUGUAAAAAACUAAGCCGAGCCGGCCAGUUAGAGCUGUCCAUCAAUCUUAUUUGGGCAUUGUAGGAAAUGCAGGAGGAGAUGAAGCACCACAUGGCGUAUCUACAACAGCUGAAAGACUUCGACGAGUCUUUGGCUUUCGAAAGACAAGAAAAGGCUCGUCAGGAGCAGGAGAGACAACGAAUAGAGGUGACACAUUUUAUAAUUAGUGGGAGAGAUACUAUUACCCCCCGCACAUACCUACGUGUUACAUCAUUAUGUCUUUCAUCUCAAUCAGCCUCCCUAAAUUUGUUGUAUUACGUUUGUAUCAAAAGAUUUUGAGGGUAAAAAUUUGUCGAGCGCGGAGUUACAGUCAAGCAGCUGAGUGACAAUUGUACAAACUUGCCUAAAGCGCUAGCUCUAGCGCUCGUCUCUUUCUUGCAGUAUGUACAUACCUCACUUUUGGGUGCUUAAUGCGUUCACACUAAAUAAACAAAUAAAUUUUGUGUGUAAAGCUGUAAAGCACAAUUUAUCGUCUGAAAUUUUUCCUUGCUUAGCAGGUUAUGUUUAUUAUGUAAAAAUUAGUAAUAAUGAUUACGAUUAAAACCAUAACAUACUAUAUAAUAAUAAUAAUAAUAAUAAUAGUGAUAAUAAUAACGUUAAUAGUAAUGGUAAAAACAGGGUUCAUGUGAUAUACUACAAAUUUCAAUGCAUUAGCAGCAAAAGUUGGUUCUCGCAAUUGCCAUAUUGAAAUACAGAUUACAACCUAUAUCAAUAAUGCCUAACGAUUUAUGAUUGAACUCUAGGAAGUAAAUGCUCGGUUGGAAGAGGAGCGGCGUGCGAAAGAAAAAGAGGUGGGUUUCCUCGUAUCUGUUUUUAAUUUUUUCGUUUGUUUAUUGAUUUAUUGGGUGGUUUUUUUUGUUGCUGUUGUUUUUGUUGCCUUUGUUUUGUUUCUCUACUUGUCUGUUAUUACGUGGGUGUUACUUGAAGGUAACAUGCGAAGUGUUAGCAUAUGGGUUACUUCCGAUACACUACUAAUAUACUACCUGUGUCCCUAUUCCACCGCCCACCUCAGUCUGAUUAUUGCCAUUUAUUCCUGUGCAUCAGUUAAAUUGAAGGAGUGGGUAGAUAUAAGCUUAAAAUGUUUCAUAUAUCAAUUAGUGAAUUUCGUGUUGUGUUCCAGAUGGGAAUUCUAAAAGCUAAGCAAGAGGAAGACAGGAAACGCUUGGAAGUGCAAUUUAAAGCGGACAUGGAAGCCCAAAGAGAGCAAAUGAACAACAUGAUGACAGCAAACAUGAAUGUGCUUCAAAAGGAUCGAGAGGCAAUUCUCCAGCAGAAUCAAACCUCUAAGGAGAUGAUGGCGCGGACGCAGCUGUUAAUGGAUGAAAGAAAUGUCCAAAUUGUCGAGCUUCAAAAGCAAAUUAUUGCUCUUCUUAAAGGGCCACCUUCUCCCCCACUAGAGAAAGGAAUUUGUGUUAUUUCGUAAAAGCACGGUCAGUUUAACUUUCACAUAACACCUGAAUCCGAAGAUUUAAAGUUUCUUUUGUUCAAAAGGUGCUGCUGAUGGUGAAAUAAGCAACUAUAACCAUGUAACGGGCUAUAAAAAUCCUGUAAGUUGCAGUGGACUGCCGGUGAUAUAAACGACUACUGUCGAAGCCCAUCAUAUAAUCUCUAUUUCUUAAAAGUUACUAACCGUUCUUUCAGAAGCUUACUCACCUCUAGAAAGCUGUGGAAUAUAUCUCUGUUAUAACUGAAUCGAUUACAAUAAACAGGUG